CAAAGGAUGGGUCGUUUCAUUCGGUCGGUUUCGGUUAGUGCUUUUGGUACUUCUAUCACACGGAUGCGGCGGAACGUAAUGUGGUCUUGAAGUUGCAGUAAGUGAAUUUUGUGAUUAAUUUUCAACUCAAUUCAACAAGAACUUGAACGCAGUCAGGAUGUUCAAACAGCUUUUCCUGGUGAUCUCGUUCCUGUACUUUGUGUACUCGGCACCGCAGGCGGAGAAAUACGAAGCGUACCAGUAUCAGUAUGAGGUGAAGGAUCCGGAGAAGAAAUUGUUCUUCGAUAAAAAUGAAGCUGGAGAUGCUGGAGGCAAGGUUUCCGGCAAGUACUCGGUCUGGCUCCCGGACGGACGCCUGAUGACGGUCACGUACACGGUGGACAAGGAAAGUGGUUACGUGUCCGACGUCGGUUUCCAAGAGAAUGCGAAUCCACUAUCGGGAUAGUAGCAGAAUUAUACCGAGCAUGGACUAGGAAAACGGAACGGUUUGCGCCAGGCAAAAUCCCGUACUGUUGCGUUGUAGAUUAACAGUUUGUAGUAGCACUGAGUGGUUCACGAGCAGCAAUUAACACAUUUCAACCGAUACCGCGGGAGAGUGACAUUAUCAACGGCUUCUUUGUACAUUAUUAGAUAGGUAAAUAGGCGAAGAAUUUUAUAGUUAAAGAUGAAACUAGCAGCAGACAA